AUGUCUGCCCUGAGCACCGGUCCUGUCGUUGGAGCCACACAUGUACUUGCCGUGCCUAAUCUUGCGGGAGCUAGCCCUGCCACUCAGAAGACCGACAGCCCCUCUAUGCCCAAAGGCUUCCCUGCGAAGCUCGAUACCAAACUCGCCUGGUUCGGCAGCGAUUUCAAGGUCCCGGAGACCUACAUCUACCAGCUCAGCAAGGCCGAUCUGGCUGAGAUAUGCCAGGCCAUCUCCUACUUUAAGGAUCUCGGACUUGACGGCGAGAAUGUUUCUCGCAACACUUUCCCGCUUCCUCAGCUGGGUGCCAAGCUGGACGAACUCAGCUUGGAGGUGUACGAAGGCCGCGGCUUCUGUCUUGUACGUGGUGUCAACCCGGCCGACUUUUCGGUCGAGGAUUUGACUCUUGCCUACCUCGGUGUUCAAACCUACAUCGCCGAUCAGCGUGCCCAUCAGGACAACAGAGGCAACAUGCUAGUCCACAUCAUUGCGGACAAGUCGUCGAAGACGAGCACGGAACACCAUCGACAUUCCAACAAGUCAAUUACCUUCCAUACGGAAGAGACCGGCGACGUUGUUAGCUGGUUGACACGCAAUACGGCCUCAUCUGGCGGACGCUGUAUCAUUUCGUCGGCGCAUACAGUCUACAAUGCCCUCGCUGCUGGGCGUCCUGAUUUGCUUCGCCUUCUCGCACGGGCCGACUGGCCUUUCGUAUUGCCCAUUAUUUUCAAACAAGGCCCAAGGGUCAUUAUGAAUUUCGGGCGGACGCCACUCCUUGGAAACAGCAUCCAUCCCCGCCCGUCACGCUUCCCAAGUGUCACGGCUCGGCAAAUCGAGGCCCUUGAAGCUAUUGAAGCCAUCGCAAAGGCUGCUCAGCUGGAGAUCCGUACCCAGCCUGGUGAUAUGCACUUCAUCAACAACCUUGCAGUCUUGCACCGCCGCGAAAGCUUUACGAAUGGAGCUGGGGUACUGGAGAAGCGGCAUCUCGUCCGCAUGCGCCUCCGCAGCUCAAAGCAUGGCUGGGCGCUCCCCGCGGAGCUUCAGAGUGAAUGGGAUGCUAGCUUUGACGAGGACCAUCCGCGUGUCUGGCACAUUGAGCCAAUGCCGGAGUCGUUCUUCCCGCUGCGAAAGUACCCCAACUAA